UCUAUCGACGUGCAAACUGCAUUUGGCGAGCGCCGUCACUGGGGAGGAGUCUGCUGGCGCUAUAUGUGACGGCUUCAUCGUGCGACCUUGUGCGCUAGGAUGGCGGCGGGUCGCUUACCGUCCGGUGUGCUCAGCUUUAAAGAGUUCAUGCACCGUAGAAACGUCCUGGAUUUAUACCGGAAGAUUUUAAAAGCCAUUAAUCAAAUUCCAGAUGAAGGAGAUAAGCAGUACCUUAAAAACUGGGCUAGAGAAGAAUUCAAACAGAACAAAAAUGCUACAAAUCAAGAUACAAUACGGAUGAUGCUGACCCAUGGAAAUCUACAACUGCAGGAGCUGGAGAAAAUGCUUCGAUUAGCAAAAUGAAAGAAAGAACUUUAAAAUGACUUAAAUGAAAUUUUACAUUACUCGUCGUUCUCUUCAGGCCUGUUAAAACAACCAUUUCAAAUGGCUUGUGAUCAUUCCGCUGGAUGUGGAAUUUUAUACUCUCUGGAACAUAUACUUUGCGAGACUUUGAGACAAAUAUAUGAAGAAACUAUACAAGACUAAUUUUUAGAGGUUUCACUUUGUUUGCGUUGAAAAUGGAUGUUAUUCAACAACCUUUUGAUCAGAGCCACCUACAGAUAUUUAUUAGGAAGGAAAUUUUACUAAAUUAUUCAGAGGGCUGUGUAUUAACACAUUGGUCUUUGGACUGAAUGGAAAAUUAACACUAGUAAAUGACUGCACAAAUCUGGGCUGCUGUGCUAGGUAGUAUUUACAAGCAGCAAAACAGAACGAUGUGUUUGAGGUAUACCUUCUGUGCAAAAUGCAUGGAUUCUAAAGGGAUUAUUUCUGUGCAACCUUCAUUAGGUUUCUGUUUUUAUUGUCUCUUGAACAUGAAAAGUGCAAAGUUGAAAAUAUUAUUGUACCGAGUGUUUUAAUUUUAAGUGGAUACAUUGAUUUCUCCAGCCAUGGCUUUUGUGCAUUCUGUAGCAUGUGUGUAAUUAUAUAGUCCUGCAUCUGAAUUGUCUUAUGUCUCCAGCUAAAGGGGAGCUAUGGUUUUUCAUAUUGUGAAAUCAUUACACAAAUGUAUCAGGUCCUUGUAUGUGCAAAGAAGUUCAGGACUUACUUCAGAUUUCAGGGUAAUUCAUCUUUGAAGUUUGGUUCAUAGAUGUUAAGGGCCUUGCAAAUGUCAUGAUGGUCCAGUAAGGUUUGAUCUUCACCACUUGCAAUGUGGAGGGAUAUUGUUAUCUCACACUAGUUUGUGGCUCCUGUUUUAACUUAUUUAAGAGAUGGUGCAGGUUUACAUCGGAGGUGCUUGGGUUGUUCUGGCUUUUAGAAAUAGCUUCCUUAUAGUUUUAUUUUCUAACUAACAAAGAUCGCUUUCAGAUAAUUAAAGGGAAGUUGAAAAGUGGACCACCGAUUUAUGCUGAUUCAAUAUCCAUGGACUAGAGGCUACCUAGAUACAUUGUGAGAUCACAGACGAUCAGAAUUUUAGUGAAGCUCGCCACAAGAGCUGCACUGUUGCCUCAUUUAGCUUAUCCACUCUGCUUUGUUCCUGCUCCCGUAGUAUUCCAAUUCCAUUCGCACACUCAAGUUGAGGCCUAUCCUGUGGGGCCUCCUUCCUGAUUCUGUGACCGACGAUCUUUUCCUCAGAUCAGCUAUUAAUACUAGGCUUCAUCAAGAACAGUACCCAAGUUGGCUCCAUCGAGGGAGAUGUCUUCCUUUUUCAAAGAAAGAGGCUUCCUUUCCUCCACCAUCCUCAUUUCACCAAUGUCUGUUCUUACCCCAUCCUCCUGCCAUGCUACCUUGUCCUCACCUACCACCCCACCAGCCUCCGCGUCCAGUACAUAAUUCUCCGAAACUUUCGUCACUUCAUACUGGAUCCCACUACCAAACACAUCUACCCCCCCCCAAUUCUGCUUUCCGCAGAGAUCGCUCCCUACUUGACUCCCUUGUCCAUUCGUCCCUCCCCACUGAUCUCCCUCCUGGUGAGCACCUGUCCUUGCAAGCAGAACAAGUGUUACACCUGCCCCUGCACCUCCUCCCUCACUACCAUUCAGGGCCCCAAACAGUCCUUCCAAGUGAGGCGACACUUCACCUGUGCGUCCCCUUUCUCAUGUUAUCUUCUUGCCCGCCCAUCACCUCCCUCUGGUGCUCCUUCCCUGCUUUCUUCUUUCUUCCUCUUUCCAUGGCCUUCUGUCUCUUUCACCAAUCAACUUCCUAGCUCUUUGCUUCAUCCCUCCCCCUCCAAGUUUCACCUAUUGCCUGGUGUUUCUCUCUCCCCUCCCUCCACCUUUCAAAUCUACUCUUUAGCUUUUUUUCUCCAGUACUGCUGAAGGGUUUUGACCCAAAACAUUGACUACUUUUUGUCCAUAGAUGCUGCCUGGCCUGCUGAGUUCCUCCAGCAUUUUGUGUCUGUUGCUCAGAUUUCCAGCAUCUGCAGAUUUUCUCUUGUUGGAAAAUUCCAGUCAAGCCUGCAAUAUUGGGAGAGUUGUGGCAAUGCCAGACAUCCCACCCUGCAAAAACUCAUUUCAGGGAGGUAGCACCACGGCAACCCCAUAUCACCCCUCCCUCCUCCCACAGUCAGGGUGUAUGUAAUACUUUGUUUAGUGAUUUUGUCUUAUCUGUAAACCAAGUUGGGUAUAUGCAGAAAGUGUGACAUUAAAAUAUUUACUUAUAUUAUCAUGUUUAUUCUGUUAAAACUUUAAGCAAGUCUACGAGGAGUUUGGCCUCAUCACGUAGGACAUCAAUACAGUAGCUCCUUAGCAGCCAGCCAGCUAGUUCAAAUAAUCUUAGCCAAGCUAAUGAAUGAAUAACACCUGUUAAACCCACCAUGGGCAAUAGAAAAGUCACUGUUGCAAACAAUGCAGCGAAAAACAGUGUCAUUAUUUUUGAGGUCGACUGUAAAGCCCGCCCACAGAGAAAACUGACAGGUUUACUUAGCACAAAGAGAGACCAAUCAGGAUGCUCGCUCUCGCGCUCCCUCUCCCUCUCAAAAAAAUCAAUUUCCCUGAUAUUAUAUAUAAUUUCCGGGCAUCAGGGAGCCACUAUCAAUAUGCGGGAGACUCCCGGAACUUUGGGGAGAGGUGGGAUGUCUGCAAUGCUCACAUACUUAAUCCGGUACAUUCUUAAUCAUUUGUUUUUUUCCCAUCCGAAGGUAAGUGAAGACAACUCCACUUGCAUUAUCCUCUUGUCCUGUGAGAGCAGGCUGUUGUCUUCAGUUGGAACAUGGAGAAUGUAUUCGGGUUCCUUCCUGUAAAAGUUUCAGUUAUAUACUUAUCUCCUGUACCUUUAAAUAUUAUAGUUUAUAUAUAUUUCAAAUAGUGAGGUGAGUAUUUGUUUUGCCAUUUCCAUCCUUGCACUAAAGCAGCAGAAUAAGGCGGCAAUAUUUCAUGAAUUGCUCCUUGCAGUCCAUGAACAAUUUAUUUAUUAAAGUUCAAAAAUACAUUUAUUAUUUAUGUAUACCAUGUACAACCU